AUGGAGCCCUUAGGAUCGGGUAAGAAGUGGCAACCAUUACUGACACUCGAUGGAUUUCCGAAACCUGAAGAGUUUUACACAAAAUACGUUCAACCAUCGAUACCAGUUAUAUUUAAGGAUGCCGCCCGCGAUUAUCCUGCAUUUAAACAAUGGAAUGACCAGUUUUUGAUGAGCCUUCCCGAGACCAGCAAGGAGAGAGUAUUUAUCGAGAGAGCCAAGAAGGAAAUUCGAAGCAAGUCCGGGUUUGAAUCGACUUUUGAACAGUUUUUAAAGACUUACAACAACACUGAUAUAUACAUGGUUGCGACUGUACCAAAGUACUUGAGAAAAUACAUUCCAUUACCAGAUCCAUUGCGAUGCAACACCCUGAUUGAUGAAUUGGUAGACACGGUUAUGUGGUUCAGUAGUGGAGGAACUAAGUCUGUUUUACAUAACGAUGACGUCGAUAAUAUCAACUGUCUUUAUAGGGGAAGAAAAGAGCUGCUUUUUAUUGAUUUUUUGAAAUACAGAAAAACACAAAUGCUACAUAAUGCUCAUGAAGUAGAAAACAAGGCAUUGGAAAGUUUUCCCUUGUUCCACCAAGUGAAUUCUUUUGAUGCUAACUUAGCAGUCAAUGUAUGGUUCAACCACAGACCUAAACUAGAUGUAUCUGCUGAUAAGUGUGGUGAUCCCCAACCAAACUCAAUUGCUAAUGUGUUUUUUGAAACAGAUGCCAGUGACAUUGUCGGACCUGAUCCAAUUAAAACAUUUUUAAGUUACGUAAAAACUGGAAGCAUAUCAUUUGAUGAAUUUCAGAAAAAAAUGAAAACUGACUCUACUCUUUUGCCAGUAUUAGAACAAUGGACAGAAGAAUGUGAUGAACUGUCAGGAGAGCUUUUUCAAUUGAUAGAUUUUGAUAAAGAUGCACUGCUUUCUAAAGAAGAUGUUAUCAAUCUAUAUGAAAUGGAGAACAAGGAAACACCAGAAACUGAAGAAAUUGCAGAUAUCAUGGAAGCCUUCAAUGAAAUUAUGAUAGAACAACAAGCAAUCCUUGCAGAAAAUGCAUAUAAGAGGCUGAAAGCAGAAGGUAACUCAGCAAAGAAGGAGGAAUUGUAA